CCACAAAGGGAAGUCAGGCUGCAAGUGGCUCCUCCCCCACACAUGACAGAAGAGUGGAAAAGCAGAGAGCGCCACUCUAACAAGAACUAUGGCGAGGUGUCGUUUCCGGAAGUGCAUUGCUGCUCAGCUUUCACAUGUUUUGAAGAUCCCACCAGAAAACCUGGUAAAAUCAAUCUCUGCUGUUCCAGUAUCAAAAAAUAGGCAAACUGCUGAUUUCCAAUUUUCUAUGAGUCCUGUAUUAGAUGCAAAUUCUACAAAUUACACAACUUCAGAUAUUAAUCUUCAGGCAGAAGAGCUGGCAAACAAGCUAAAAUGUGAUGCAGUCGUGAGCCAAAUCAGCCCAGGUAAAGGAACAGUAGAUUUCACAAUAAAUCGAGACUUAUUAGCAAAGACAGUGUUGCAGCAGGUAUUUGAAGAUGGCUCUGAAUAUGGAAUAAAGAGCGAACUUUUCUCAGGCUUGCCAAAAAGAAAGGUUCUGAUUGAUUUUAGUUCACCCAACAUUGCAAAGAAAUUUCACGUUGGUCACCUGCGUUCUACAUUAAUAGGGAAUUUCAUAGCAAAUAUCAAUGAAGCGAUUGGACAUCAAGUAACAAGAAUAAAUUAUCUUGGAGACUGGGGCAUGCAGUUUGGGCUGUUGGGAGCUGGUUUCCAGUGGUUUGGUUCUGAAGAAAAACUAAAAUCUAAUCCUUUGCAGCAUCUUUUUGAGGUUUAUGUACAGGUCAAUAAAGCUUCAGAAGAGGAUGAAAGUAUUAAAACUCUGGCAAAAGAUUUCUUUAGAAAAUUGGAAGCACAGGAAGAAGAGGCUGUGUCAUUGUGGCAACAUUUUAGAGAUGUUAGCAUUGAAGAAUAUGCUCGGGUGUAUAAGCGUCUGGGAAUCUACUUUAAUGAAUAUUCUGGAGAAUCAUUUUAUCACGAGAAAAGUCAAGAAGUUAUUAAGAGAUUGGAUGCAGAAGGACUUCUUAUGAAAACAGAAGGAGUAGGAAAAGUGCGUCUUUCUGAAAAUGGAGAUCCGGUUGCUGUGAUGCGUAGCGAUGGAACUUCGCUUUACUUAACAAGAGAUCUUGCUGCUGCUAUAGACAGAAUGGAAAAAUAUAAGCCUGACGUUAUGUUAUAUGUCACAGACAAAAGUCAGAGCUCUCAUUUUCAACAAAUGUUCCAGAUUCUGAAAUUACUUGGUUUCACUUGGGCAGAAAGGUGCCAACAUGUGCCCUUUGGGAGAAUUCAAGGCAUGAAAACUCGACAAGGAGAAGUGAUUUUCUUGGAAGAUGUUUUAAAUGAAACGUGUUCCCUGGUAUUAGAAAGAAGUGCUUCUUCAAAAACCACAAAGGAAUGUGACAAUCCUUCUGAGACCGCAGAACGGAUUGGGCUCGCAGCACUUAUCAUUCAGGACUUCAAAGGCCUUUUAUCUUCUGAUUAUCGGUUUAACUGGGAUCACGUUCUUCAAAGCAAAGGCGAUACAGGUGUCUUCUUGCAAUAUACACAUGCCAGGCUGCACAGUUUAGAAGAAAUAUGUGGUACUGUCAAUCAAGGCACUCCUGUGAAUACUGCUUGUUUACAAGAUCCACUAGUAAUAUCCUUACUUCAGCAUCUUCUCAGAUAUGAUGAAAUUAUUUAUCAGUCUUCACAAGAUCAUCAGCCGAAGCAUAUUGUUAAUUAUCUGUUUAAACUCAGUCAUUUAGUAUCUGCAGCUCAUAGAAAUCUCCCUGUGAAGGGCAGCCCUCUGGAACUCGCUCAGGCAAGGCUCUGCCUUUUUCACGCUGCUCGCUCUGUUCUAGCCAACGGAAUGAAGCUUCUAGGAAUCACACCUGUAGAUAAAAUGUAAUAGGGGAACUUCCUUGAUGCUUUUCCAAUGUAUCUCUUAUGAAGAUUAUCUGAUCUCUGAUUUGGACUUCAUGGCCUUUCCAGAGUGGUGGGAAUGUUCGGAAGGCGCUGUGGCAUGAAUUUUCCUUCUCUAUAAUAAAGCCAGUUCCAGGUUU